GGGGGGCCCCGCCGGACCAUGUGAGGAGCCCCGACGGGGCGAGCGGGGCCUCCCCGGCCAGGGGGCACUUGCGGAGCCCCGCGCCCGCCCACCCACCAUGGGGGAUUUCUACGACCCGGAGCACCCCACGCCGGAAGAAGAAGAAAAUGAGGGCAAACCCGAAACGGCACCGAGAACUGGUUUUAUCAAAGGCCCCGUGUUCAAAGGCGUCGCUUCCAGUCGCUUUCUGCCCAAAGGCACCAAAACCAAGGUCAACCUGGAGGAACAGGGACGGCAAAAAGUGUCUUUCAGCUUUAGCUUAACCAAGAAAACUUUGCCCAAUCGAUUCCUGAGUGGACUCGGAAACGAGAAACAAAAUGAAGCUCCCAACCCCCCAGUUCCCCUUCCCUCUGAUUUUAGCCCCAAAACCAAACCGGACCUGGGCGACGCCGCCACUUCAUCAGAGGAAUCUUCUCCCCCGAAACCGAAGGUAGAACUGGGGAAGAUUCAUUUUAAGAAACACUUGCUCAGUGUCACGGCCAAACCGGCUGUGGCAGUGACAGCCCCGCUGCCAGGAGCGGAGCCGGUGGGCCUGGCCGUGGAAUUCCCGCCCACGCCGCCGCCUCCGCCACCUCCUCCUCCGCCACCGGCACCGGUCCCUGUGACCGCAGCGCCGCCGCAACCGCCGGUGACGCCGAUGUCGAUGCUGCUGCUGUCGCCGCCCGUGGAAGCCGAAGCCCCCACGCCGAAGGAACCGAUCCACGCAGAACCCAAGGAGGCCCCGGAGCCCGAGGCCAGGCAGGACGCGGGAUCGCACGGAGCCGAGGAACGUGUCGCCCACAACGCGCCCGAGCAGCCGGAAAUGACCCCGCAGAAGGAAGAUUCCCAUAUUGGGAAAGAGGAGGAGGUUUCCGACGGCUCCAAGGGUGCUCCCGCGUGCUCCCGGAGGCCGGGGGCGAAGAGGAAGUUCUCCCAAUCCGACGGCGCGCCGCAGGGCUCCGAGUCCGACGAGGAUUCGGUGAGGACCUCGUCCAGCCAGCGCUCGCACGAGCCGAAGGUCUCCAGCACGGAGAAGGAGCGAGAUUCCAGACGGAGCUCCGCGUCCCUCCGAGGCGACGACCCGGGCAAAUCCUCAUCGCGCUCCAGGUCGGACAGGGACGAGAAGUACUUGAGCUACUCGAAGUCGGACAGGGACUCGCGGUACUCGUCCUCCCGCUCGCGCUCCGACAGAGACAGGAGGCGAAGCCGGUCUCAUUCCCGCUCCCGCUCCGACCGCAGCUCCCGCACCAGCUCCUCCUACUCGAGGUCGGAGCGCUCGCAUUACUACGAGUCCGAGCGGCGGUACCACCGGAGCUCCCCGUACAGGGAGAGGUCCAGGUAUUCCCGUUCCUACGCGGACAGGGGCCGGGAGAGCUCGGACUCGGAGGACGACUACAGGAGGACACAUUCCAGGUCGAGCGACUCCCGGCGGACGUCCUCCCACUCCUCCUCCUCCUACAGAGACUCGAGAUCUUCCUACUCCAAGUCGGAGCGGGACAGCAAAGCGGAGUCGUCUCACGCCGACCUGGAGAGGAGAGGAAGGUCGUCGUCGAAAGCGGAUCGAGAUUCCAAAAGGACUUCCGAAAGUGAAGUAUCCAAAAGGUGCUCUCCCCUCGAUGAACUGGGCUAUCGGAAGGGGACUUCCCAUUCCAAGCCCGACAGUAAUGUGAAUUCCUCCCGCUAUAAAUCCACCCCCUCCAAGACCCCCGCGCCAAAGCCUGAUAAAUUUAAGAGUUCUUUCUGUUGUACAGAAUCGCUCGAGGAAAUCAAGCCGCAGUGUAAUUCUCUAGAUUUAGAGAGCUCGUGUCUGAAGAGCAAUGAGAUCAGGGUGUCCAUUGCCAAAAAGCCGGAAAGGGAAAAGACGCUUUCUCCGUUAAAGCAGCUCAGCGAUUCGCCCGCGCUGCCGAAGGCGGACGAGUCGACAGUGGGUUUUGCCAACUCCAGCUCCGAGGAACCCGCGGGAAGUGGAAACCACGACAGUGUUAAGGAACCAGAAACGUCAUUAAAGGUGAAGCACGAUCCGGUAAGAACGUGUUUCCCCACGGAACUGAGCGUCAACGGCUCCCCGGAGGGUCGGGAUGGUGGUCUGGCAAUUUCCAGUGCCUCCAAAGCAGAGGAUGUUCCCGCGUCCUCUGACGAUGGCCCGUGCCGGUCGGAAGCGUCACCUGUCAUGAAGACGAGCCCGGCGUAUCCAUUGCCAUCCAGUGGGUUUGAGGGCAUGGAUGUGUCUCUAGAGCAAGAGCUGGAUGACUCCCGGGUCCAGUCCAGCGAGUGCAACAGCCUGUUCCGGGAAGCGGAGCCUCCAGUGCCGCAGCAGCUGGAGGAACCCGCCCCUUUCCCCGCCGUGAAUGUAGAUCCCAUUAAAACCGCCCUGGAGAAGGUGGAUGAGGAAGUGACUCCGUGUGACAAAACCAAAGAACCCAUUUUUUGCUACAUUUCUGAUGAUGCCGCCCCUGCUUUGUACCACUCAGAAGUGGAAAUUGAGGCGGAACCAGCGGAUUUGAAAGUUCCAUGCGAGGCUUUCCUGGACGUGCAGGUGGAACCGCAGACGGUGACGUGCGACUACGAGAGCGCGGAGGAUUCCCAUCCCAAGUCUGCCUGCGAGGAUGAGCACGGCCAUCCUUCCCAUAAAAUUAUCUUGGCAGUGGAGAGCUCGAGCAGGGAUUCCUCCCAGGAUGGCUGUUCCCAGCAGCUCGUGCCGGAUCAUCCCAUGCCGGAGGAAAGCGUCUCUUCCAAAUGGGAUGUGCCACCACCUGGGCACCAGGAGCUGCUCCAGCAUUCAGAAGCCGAAGAGGUGCUGGAGUUGGAUGCUCGGCACGUUGAUCUUGGUUCAACAAAGAGCAAACAGGCCUUCCAAGAUGAACAUUCCUACUAUUCGGAAGUGCCGCUGGAGCAGCGCGGCAGCCGGGCCGUGGAGGAAAGGGCUGUUUCCACCGAGGGAGCUGAACCGGAGGAGUUGAGGGUUCCAUGUCCCGGCGUACCGGCCGAGAGGGACGAGGGAAACGGGCCCUUGGUGGCUUCGGCUUUUCCAGACGUCCUGUAUCCCUCUUCUGACGUCAUUGUCACGGCAGAGGACACGGAGGUGAUGACUCAGGCCCCGACGUGCGACAGCAGCGGCAAUGCCGUGGAAUUCAUUCCCGCUGGGCACGACGACUACUCGGACACGGGGGAGAGUGACAGCGAGGGCGGCAGUGACGACAGCGAUACGGACGACUCGGAUUCCGACGACGGCACGCCGCGGAAGCGGCUGCAAUCCGUCGUGGUGGUCCCCAAGAACUCAACCAUCGCCACGGAGGAGAACAGCCCGGGCUCCUCCCGGAGCAACCAAGGCAACCGGCGCUUCUCCGACCACUGGGACGACGAGCGGCCCGAGCCAAGCAGGCCCUACUAUGAGGAGAGGCUGGAGAGCAAAGGUGGAUCUCAGGUGGAGAGCAGGAGUUCUCCCAGAGGGAUGGAGAAGGGCCUGGCGACAUCUACGGAGCUGAGCAGGAAGGAGGUGGAGGAACUGUGGGUGGAUCCAUGCCAGGCGCAGAGCGACGGUGUGGACAGCACGAGCCAGGCGGAUCUGACCACGGAUUCCCACGGGAAGCCCGACGCGGGGGACAGGAUGAUGCUGAUGGAGAUGGUGGCCAUGGGAAGGCCCAUGGGCCGUCCGGACGAGCAGCCCUUCUGUCUUCCCGAGAGUUUUGAAGGCACCGAUGCAUCCCGACACCAGAUGAGCUGCUCCAAGCCGGACAGUCGGCAAGGGCAGGGUGGGCUCAACCAGUCCGGCCUCGGAGACUAUCCCAGGCUGGAUGGUUUCCAUACGGCAGAGGAGAUGAGUGCUUUGGGCUGGGACUAUUCCCAGACGGAGAAGCCCAGCAGCACGUACCAGCAGCCGGACAGCAGCUUCGGGAUGUACUCGGGAUACGUUUACCAGCCGGGCUCCGGAGCCUACGGCACUUCCCAGAAUUACUGGCAAGGCAACGGUUACUGGGACGCGAGGUCUGCCAGCAGACCCUCCGUGGUCAACUACGAGCGGAUCCAAGGGCAGGUGCCGGAUUCCCUGACGGAGGAUCACGAGGAGUACGAAGAGGAUGAUCGUUGGGAUCAUCCCAGCCCCUCCAGUAAAUCCCAGCUGCCCGGGCAGAGGGAAGAGGGCUCGGUGCAGGCGCACGAGAUCAGCAGCAAUUCCACCAAGGAACCGGUGCCCGGCGCGGAGAAGAAGGAGGAGGGGAAGGUUCUGGAGAAAAACGACGUGAAGGAACGAGGGCCACCGAAGAAAAGACGGCUGGAGGUGGAGAGCGACUCGGAGAGCGACGGGGACUCGAGGGACAAGAGGAAGGGCAAGGCGGAGGGGGAACCGGCGCCGCAGGAUUCCUCCAUGGUGGGCCGGCCCUGCAUCAUGGAUGACUUCCGAGACCCCCAGCGCUGGAAGGAGUUCGCCAAGCAGGGCAAGAUGCCCUGUUACUUCGACCUCAUCGAGGAGAACGUCUACUUGACGGAGAGGAAGAAGAACAAGUCCCACCGGGACAUCAAGCGGAUGCUGUGCGAGUGCCCGCCCCUGUCCAAGGAGGAGCGGGCGCAGGGCGAGGUGGCCUGUGGGGAGGACUGUCUCAACCGCCUGCUCAUGAUCGAGUGCUCUUCCCGCUGUCCCAACGGGGACUACUGCUCCAACAGACGCUUCCAGAAGAAGCAGCACGCGGAUGUGGAGGUGAUCCUCACCGAGAAGAAGGGCUGGGGGCUCCGAGCUGCCAAAGACCUGCCAUCCAACACCUUUGUCCUGGAAUACUGCGGGGAAGUGCUGGAUCACAAGGAGUUCAAGGCCCGGGUGAAGGAAUAUGCCCGGAACAAGAACAUCCACUAUUAUUUCAUGGCCCUGAAGAAUGAUGAGAUAAUCGAUGCGACGCAGAAGGGGAACUGCUCCCGCUUCAUGAACCACAGCUGUGAACCCAACUGCGAGACACAAAAGUGGACCGUGAAUGGGCAGCUCCGGGUGGGGUUUUUCACCACCAAGCUGGUGCCGUCGGGCUCGGAGCUGACGUUCGAUUACCAGUUCCAGAGAUACGGCAAAGAGGCUCAGAAAUGUUUCUGUGGCUCCUCCAACUGCCGGGGGUACCUGGGAGGGGAGAACAGGGUGAGCAUCCGGGCGGCCGGAGGGAAGAUGAAGAAGGAACGCUCCCGGAAAAAGGACUCGGUGGAUGGGGAGCUGGAGGCGCUGCUGGAGAACGGGGAGGGUCUGUCCGACAAAAACCAGGUGCUCAGCUUGUCCCGCCUCAUGGUCCGGAUCGAGACCCUGGAGCAGAAACUCACCUGCCUCAAACUCAUCCAGAACACGCACUCCCAGUCCUGCCUGAAGUCGUUCCUGGAGUGCCAUGGGCUGUCCCUGCUCUGGAUCUGGAUGACGGAGCUGGGCGAUGGCAGAGGCAGCACCGCCAACAACCUGAAGCUGCAGCUGGAGAUCAUGAAGACCCUGGAGCUGCUGCCCAUCCCCACCAAGAACAUGCUGGAGGAGAGCAAGGUGCUGCCCAUCAUCCAGCGCUGGGCCCAGACCAAGACGGCGGUGCCGCAGCUCAGCGAGGGCGACGGCUACUCCAGCGAGAACACGUCCCGCGCCCACACCCCCCUCAACACCCCCGAGCUGUCCGCCAAGCAGGGCUCCGAGGGGGACACCGACACCCCCAAGAAGCUGGUGUUCCGCAGGCUGAAGAUCAUCAGCGAGAACAGCAUGGACAGCGCCAUCUCGGACACAACCAGCGAGCUGGAGGGCAAGGAGGGCAAGGAAGACCUGGAGCAGCUGGAGGGAACCCCCGUGGAGGCACCGGAGGAGCAGCAGCAGCAGCAGCAGCAGCAGCAGCAGCAGCAGGAGGUCAAAGCUGCCGUGGAUGUGCCUGUGGAGAGCAGCAAAGCCCAGCCUGCAGAGCUGGAGGCUGAGCCCGAAGCUGAGGCCAAGGAGAGCAACGGGGCGAAGCUGGAGGAGCCCAUGGCCAUGGAGACCCCAUCCCAGGACGAGGAGGAGGGCGUGUCCGACGUGGAGAGCGAGAGGAGCCAGGAGCAGACAGAUAAAAUCGUGGACGUGAGCGACUUGGCCACCAGGCUGCUCGACAGCUGGAAGGAGCUCAAGGAGGUGUAUCGCAUCCCCAAGAAGAGCCAAGCGGAGAAGGAGAGCAGUGCAGGUGACCGUGGGAGGGACCCAGCCGGGCUGCGGGACCAGACCCCGACCCCGAAGAGCGCGGGGCUGAGCCGGGAGCGAGACCCCGAGCGGCAGAGCCAGAGCAAGGAGAGGAAGAGGCGCAGGGACUCGCUGUCCCCCCCGCCCUCCGCCUACGAGCGUGGCACCAAGAGGCCGGAGGACAGGUAUGACACACCAGCGUCUUCCAAGAAGAAGGUGCGGCCCAAGGACCGCAACAAGCUCUCCACGGAGGAGCGCCGGAAGCUCUUCGAGCAGGAGGUGGCCCAGAGGGAGGCCCAGAAGCAGCAGCAGCAGCUCCAAAACCUGGGAAUGACGUCCCCGCUGCCCUACGACUCCAUGGGCUACGGCACCCCCCACCACAGCUUCCUGGGGUACCCCCCCGGCUACCCCAUGCAGGCCUACGUGGACCCCAGCAACCCCAACGCGGGCAAGGUGCUGCUGCCCACGCCGUCGCUGGACUCGCUGUGCUCCCCGGCGGGCUACGAGCCCUCGCAGCCGCUGGCGGAGCCGGUGCCGGGCGCGGCGCAGCCGGUGCCGGUGGUGCAGCACGUGGGCGGCGCGGUGGAGGUGCCCCCGCCGCAGUACGUGGCGCCGGCCGACGCCGUGGUGCACCAGGAGCCCGGCGUGGCCGUGCUGCCCGUGCCGGCGCCGGGGGCCGCGGUGCAGGGCCAGGGCUACGGCGUGUGGGACUCGGGCCAGCAGGCGGUGGCCGUCCAGCAGCCCUACUCGCCCGCCCAGUCCCAGCCCGCCAUCUACUACCAGGGCCAGGCCUGCCAGACCGUCUACGGCGUCACCUCGCCCUACUCGCAGACCACCCCGCCCAUCGUCCAGAGUUACGCCCAGCCAGGUCUGCAGUACAUCCAGGGCCAGCAGAUCUACACAGCUCAUCCCCAGGGAGUCAUUGUCCAGCCCCCCACGGCUGUCACCACCAUCGUGGCGGCCGGGCAGCCCCAGCCCAUCCAGCAGCCAGAGCUCGUGGUGACCAACAACCUCCUGGACCUGCCUCCACCUUCCCCUCCCAAGCCCAAGACCAUCGUCCUCCCUCCCAACUGGAAAACGGCCCGAGAUCCCGAGGGGAAGAUCUACUACUACCACGUGGUGACCAGACAAACCCAGUGGGAUCCUCCGACGUGGGACAGCCCCGGGGACGACGCCAGCCUGGAGCACGAGGCCGAGAUGGACCUCGGGACCCCCACGUACGACGAGAACCCCAUGAAGUCUUCCAAGAAGCCCAAGACGGCGGAAGCCGACACGUCCAGCGAGCUGGCCAAGAAGAGCAAGGAGGUGUUCCGGAAAGAGAUGUCCCAGUUCAUCGUGCAGUGCCUGAACCCCUAUCGCAAACCCGACUGCAAGGUGGGCAGGAUCACCACCACCGAGGACUUCAAACACCUCGCACGCAAGCUGACCCACGGGGUGAUGAACAAGGAGCUCAAGUACUGCAAGAACCCCGAGGACCUGGAGUGCAACGAGAACGUCAAACACAAAACCAAGGAGUACAUCAAGAAGUACAUGCAGAAAUUCGGAAUCCUCUACAAGCCCAAAGAGGACACGGAGCUGGAAUAACACCUGGAAUACCCCUCCAUCCCUCCUUCCCCUCAGGAAUGGGCGUUUGGAACCCCCAACCUGGGGGUUUUAUUUUCACCAUGAGUU